AUGCCACCACUACAUCCCCUCACCCGCCCAACAAUUCGCGAACUUUCGACCUUCCUCUUCUCGCCCCAGCCCUCGCGGUGCCUCUCGCACCUCGCGCGCCCCUCUCGUCUACUCACCACACCUCCUCCCCCCAACUGCAAGUUCAACCUUCAACUGUCAGCUCAGACAAAGCGGCACUUCUCCUCCCCCAAACCGCAGAAACACGACCGCGGCCCGCCCUCGACGGAGGACACGCAGACGGACUUCGGGGCUUUGAACGUGCUGGGCAGCACGCCGGCGCCGAGCACGAGCAUCGAUGCUUGUUUGUGGGAUGGCUUCCACCUGGAUAGCGGGGUGAAGAUUAGCGGGGGUACGGGGGUGCUACUUGUUGGCGGGGAGGCGUUUGCCUGGAGGCCGUGGGGGGACGGCAAGACGAUGUUGAAUGAGAAGGGGCAGUGGGACGUGGCCGAGGAGUCGUGGGGCCUGCUGGGGCUGGUGUGGCCGAAGCCUGACUUGUUGAUUUUGGGCCUGGGGAAGGAGAUGCGGCCUAUCUCGCCUCGGACGCGGCAGCUUAUUAAUGGCUUGGGGAUCCGGGUUGAUAUCCAGGAUACAAGAAAUGCGGCUGCGCAGUUUAACCUGCUGGCUACGGAGCGGGGGAUCUCGACUGUUGCGGCGGCGAUGGUACCGAUAGGGUGGAGGGAGGGGGCGGGAAUAUUAAGUGCUGAUGAUUGA